AUGGAUUCUAUCUCUGAACCCUUCAUCACCAAAACCUUCGAGUACCAUUGCCACCCAACAGAAGUCCAUACUGCCAAUAAGCUGGCAAAUCUCCCUAUCACUUAUACUAAUGGAUGCACCCAGGACGAUGACAACAAGAUCUGCGUUGUUAUGGUUGGCCUCCCCGCGAGGGGGAAAUCUUUGAUUGCGGGUAAAGCAUUGCGAUACCUGUCGUGGAUCGGAAUUCCCGCAAAGAUUUUCAACGUGGGUCAAUAUAGGCGCCUGGACACCCCUCAGCCUUCGGCGUCUUUCUUCGAUGUCUCAAACCCUGAUGGAGAACGACUUCGGCGUGCAGCCGCUGAGGCAGCGGUCAAGGAUAUGCUAAAGUGGUUCGCGACUACUGAUGGCCAGGUUGCAAUUCUUGACGCUACCAAUUCAACCAAAGAGCGGCGACAGUGGAUUGACACUACUUGUCGCGUCGCAGGUAUCGCGCCGCUGUUUGUUGAAUCGAAAUGCGAUGAUCAUGAUUUGAUAAUGAACAACAUUCGUGAAGUCAAGACAACCUCUCCAGAUUAUGUUGGCCAGGACCCCGAAGAGGCUGCGAAGGAUUUUAUGAAUCGCAUUCGUAACUACGAGAAGGUUUACGAGACAAUUGGUCUAGAUGAGGACCACUUCGCCUAUGUCAAGUUGAUCAACGUAAGCUCGCAAGUUAUCAUUAAUCGCAUUCGAGACUAUCUUUCCAGCCGUCUCGUCUACUACAUUCAAAAUCUCCACAUCCGGCCACGUUCAAUUUGGUUAUCAAGGCAUGGUGAAUCAGAGUUCAACCUUACUGGAAAGAUAGGCGGUGAUGCGAAUCUCUCCCCUCGCGGCGAACAGUACGCCCUUGGUCUUCCGGCCCUCCUUCGUGAGUCCGGCAUCCCCACAGGAGCCAAACUCACAAUUUGGACUUCCACUUUGAAACGGACAAACCAGACAGCCCGUCACCUUGUAAAAGAGAUGGGCUAUCAAAAACUCGAGUGGAAGGCUUUGGAUGAACUAGAUUCGGGAGUGUGUGAUGGUCUUACCUACGAGGAGAUUCAGUCCCGUUAUCCCGAGGACUUUGCAGCUCGUGACGAGGACAAAUACAAUUAUCGGUACCGUGGUGGGGAGUCGUAUCGCGACGUUGUCAUCCGCCUCGAGCCGAUCAUUAUGGAACUCGAAAGAAGCGAGAAUGUGAUCAUCGUGACGCAUCAAGCCGUCCUCCGCUGCAUAUACGCAUAUUUCCUAAACAUGUCUCAGGAACAAAGUCCAUGGAUGGAGGUUCCACUGCAUACGUUGAUAAAGCUCUAUCGUCGUGCCUAUGGAACUGAGGAACACCGGAUCAAGGCCAAUAUUCCAGCAGUUUCGACCUGGCGCGGCAAAGGCAGCGAAGCCAAACACCAAACCCCUGGUGAAGCGGAAAUCCAGGCGUUGCUCUCGUCACGGCGUGAAGUACCCGUCGGCAACACCUCUUCUACGAGUGCAACAGUCUCCGUCACGGUUGAUAGCAAGGCUAGCACUGCGGAUAUUCAACCUACAGACGGCCAAAAUUCUAUCCCCAAGCAAGACGCGCCAGCUCCUACGAAAGGCAAAGACGAAGUGGCUUCCGGAAAUGGUACCAACGUUGAUUGUCCUCGCGAACCGCCGGCUCUUGUGAAAAGUGACUCCAAGACAGUUGCCUAA